GUCCUCAACACGUUCUUUCAGCACUCUGCUGACGAGCUCAUGAGCUGGGUUCACAGACGGUGGGGCACGCAGGGCAUGAUUGAUUACGCAGUGGGCCGUGCUACAGACUGGUGUUAUGUCCUUGACACUCACUCCCUUCCUCAUGCAGAGGUGAACAGUGACCAUCGUCUCAUGGUCUUGAAGCUGCGCGCGGAGGGGGACGCCUCCACCCAGUACGUCAAGGAAGUGGAGCGCCUUCGACAGGGCGCAGCUCAAGGCUUUCCUUCGCUGUCUCACGACCUGUACCAGGCUGGAGUUUCCGUUCUAGGCACAGCACAGCGCAGAAAUUCUGACUGGCGAGAUGGGCACGAAGCUACUCUUCGGGCCGCAGUCGCACGCCGUCAACAGGCUCUGGACGGCCUCCGUCUUUCGCCGGGUUCUCAGGCAUGCUUACAGGAGCUAAGAGAUGCGCGCCACGCCUCUCGUCGAGUUGUUCGGGACCUCAAGUCUCGAUGGUGGUCAAGUCGCCUGCAGCGCCUCGAAGCAGCCGCUCGCCGCAACGAUGCGGCUACUGCCUUUAGUGAUGCUAAGGAGAUGGGCCGUCUACUUCGCUCACAAGGUGUUUCUGUGGAGCCUCUAGCAGCGUCGCCAGACGCCGACGUGACUGCCAAAGCUGCUCACUUUCAGGCUGUCUUGAACGUGCAGCGCCCGGUGUCUCCGCACAUCUGGGACGAAACUCCGGACUUGUCUUCUGGUGCGGCUGACAUCUCUUGGGACUCACCGACGGAGCACGAACUUCGGUGUACCAUCACGCAGUUGUCCAACGGCAAGUUCCAUGACCUGGUCCAACGACUUUGGCGUGGGGAGGAGCUUGAUCUGACUACCUGGCACUCCUCGCUAUUGUUUUCAAUUUGGAAAGGCCGCGGCCUCGUCACUGACCUUGAUGGACAUCGAGGUAUUGUACUUUUGGACGUACUCAAUAAAGUCGUCUGCAAGAUGCUGUCUCGCUUAUCCGAACUUGCCGAAAAGCAUUAUGCUGAAUCUGAGACAGGCUAUCGGAGAGGCAGAGGCUGCACGGACGCACUCUUCUUGAUGCGGCGACUUUUUCAGGAGUGGAGUUGCUCUCGUCCUACUCGAGCCAAUGGGAGCAACUCUUUGUACGUCUUGUUCAUUGACCUCACUCGUGCCUUCGAUGCGGUUCCUCGGGCUUUGCUAUGGACUUUGCUACAGCGCAAGUUGGGGGUCCCUGCACACGUAGUACGCAGCGAGAUUGUUUACAUGCCCUGA